AACCGGCCAUCUUGUUUGUUUAUAUUCAUCUUCGAGGCAAUAGUUACAACAACUUUAUUUUAUUUUAACGAUUUAAAACGGAAUUAUAACCAAAUAAAGAUGACCUCUGACCUUGGUCACUCGACCUCUCUCUACCCGGUGUUGAUGGAGUCCCUCUUCAUGUCCUCCUCCCUGGCCGUGAUUCUGAUCGACUGGAACCACAGCUUCCUGGAGAGGUCAAUGCUCAGGCUGAUACUGAGUUAUCUCCCUCGAUGGAGAUAUCGCAACAUCAGGCAGGAUGUGUACCUGUGUCUGUUUGGAGUGGCUCUUGCCAUUAUGUAUACCAACUCAAUGAAAAACAUUGCAAUCAAUAUGGAAAACUGUCGCAUUGCUGGAGCCUCCAUUGUAGUUUUACUCUCAUUCUGGCUUCAGAGUAAAGCAAAUUCAGAUAAUGUGUCUGACAAAUGCAUUGGUACCUCAAAGAUAAAUGUAUCCAACAAGUCAGUGGGAGAGUCCUUGGUUACCAGGGACCAGGAAGUCAGUGUCUCCACCUGCUGUGAGGCGGGAAUACCUCAAUCCCUGCUGUCUCUGCUCCCCUCAUCCUCAGAACCUCAGUCUGAGGUUGACAUUGAGGAGGAGAUGAGGCAGAGUUAUGUUAAAGACUUUCGGGAAAAGUUUGAUGAAGAGAUUGUUCCUGAGGAGAAACUGGUGACAGCCAUCAAGUACCUGAACACACGCAGGGGAGGUAUUGCUGCUCACAGAGAUUUUGACAAGCUGAUGCAUGCAGUGGACCACAUUGAUAAGUUCACAUUGAGUUCACGCCUGGAUGACUUGGGAUUCCCGCAGGAUUAUUCCUACGAUGAGCUGUGCCACAUUAUGGUAAAGGAGAAGAAGUAUAGACCCCAGGAGUUCUGGAGAGUGCUGGAGAUAUGUCUGGAAACCAGUGGUUUCCUGCCUUCUCCUGAGGAGUUUGAGGAAAUCCGCAAUGAAACGAAAGGUAUAGUUGAACUGGAGGAAGAGGUGGAAGAGGCUAGACAGGAAGUGGAGGAGGCUAGACAGGAAGCAGAGGAGACGCAUCAUGCCCUGGAGAGGAGUAUGAGGGUGGUGGAGGAAACCACACAGGAAGUGGUGGAGUCCCGCCAGAAGUACAGGUCUCUCAAACAGAGGCUGCAGCAGAGGGAUCAGGCCUUACAGCAACACCAGCAAGCAUUACAGCAAGAGAGACAAGAAAAGCAACAUAUUAUACAGCAGAAGGACAGAAUGUUGGAGCAGAAGGACAGAAUGUUGGAGCAGAAGGACAGACUGCUGCAGCAGAAGGACAGACUGCUGCAGCAGGAGAGACAGAGGAACAGAGAGCUGGAGCAGAACCCUGAGGAUGAGUUAAAGAGACGUCUACGGGAGAUGGAGGAAGAGAUCCGUCGACUGUCUGCCAAGUCGAAUCGAGCCGUGUGUAAGAUCUGUAGGGUGGAGGAGGUUCAGGUGUCAUUCUCCCCUUGUAAUCACCUGGUCUCUUGUGAGGGGUGUGUGUCCAGUCUCCCUCAGAACAAGUGCCCCAUGUGUAGGGAAACAAUUCAGGGUACAGUCAGGAUGAUUUUAGCUUGAUUGAGUAUCAACUCAUUGUUAAUAUCAUUAUAUAUGUCAGAGAGUGUUGGCAGCAGCUACCUGUAAUAGUCGUGUAUUUUAAAGAUAUGAUUUUACUUUUAUCUCUAAAAUUUUGAAAGUAUCAUAAGAAACAUUGAUUUUUUUUAAUCAAGUCAGAG